ACCCUAUUUGGAUGACAUUAGAUAUAUGUUUCCCACAAAUCUGGAAGACGUGGAUGUGAUGUGUCGUGGAGAAUUCUGUGGAUACGGUUCACGCGAUUUGCAGUUCACAACUCUAUCAAAAAGCUCUUACGGACAGUUCAAAAACUGUGUAAACGAUCCUCUCCUGCGAGAGUGUGGCCGAAGAGCCCGCGGACUUAUGGAUCACUCGAUGGGAUUUCUCAUAUCUCGCUGCUCUCAAAACAAUCUCAAUAGGUGUCCGAACCCGAUGUCCACAUCCGGUCCAUUGUCCACAACCACUACUGAGGAACCAUUUGAUGACCAAAACGAUUUGGGGAACAGAGCACGAGCUGACCGUUCGUUUGACGAAUUGGAGGCAUCGGAAGCGUCCGAAGAGACGGAAUCAAGCGUUGCAUUUGAAACAACGACUCACACCUGGAAUCCACGAACCGUUGUCUAUACUCUGCCACCAGAGCCC